AUGGCGCGAAAAAACCCCCACUACGCCGUCUCGCCGGCUUUCGUAACCCUGUUACUGCAAGCGCUCGCAAUAACUCCCACGCUCGCUGCGCCCACUCCGCCAGCGGGAGCCGCGGCGCCGAUCGAUCUCGCCUUCCCCUUCAAACCCUCCUCCUCCGCCCCCCAGUUCAAGCCAGACACCCUCCCCGACCUUCCCGCCUCUCCGCAACCCACCAUUCCGCCGGUGGUAGCUCCCAAGCCCGUCACCGUUCCGCCGGUUUCCAAGCCCGCGACCGUUCCUUCCGCUCCAAGCGGAAGCCCCUCUGCGCCGACCGACUCCCCCGGACCUCCUUCCCCUGAACCCUCCGCCUCCCGUACCCCGGUAAAAGCUGGCAGUCCGGAACCGAAUCCUUCCGCCCGUCCUGUCCCCAAGGGUGCCGCCCCUGCUGCAGGAACGCCGGGUACCGCCUGUCCCGCGUCCGACCUGGACGGAUACACCUUCUCGGCUCCCCUCAUUCCCGACCAGUUUGUCCUCCACUGGCGGCUGCGAACGUCGGCGCUGGACAUCGCGGUGGAGGCGCGGCUGAGCAGUCAAAUCGACAACGGCUGGAUGGGAGUCGGCUGGUCGCUUAACGGCGCAAUGUCGCCGUCCGACGCCGUCAUCGGCAAUCUCGAGGGCGGUGCGAUCCGCUCGUUCUCGCUGGGCGGGUACACUGCGGACUCGGUGGACUUCUCAUGCAACACUGCACCCCAAGUGCUACUGGGGGAGGGAAGCCCCGAGGAUGACGACCAAGGGGAAUUUACCCCGGAUAAUCCUAUUGAUGUAUCCCCUUCCGACCCUCUGGGGGACGAUGGCAACGAUGAGAGCACGGGAAGCAGCAGUUCUGGAAGUGGUGACAGCAGUACAGGAGUCGUGCCUCGUGGUAACCAACCUGGCGGGGUGUUACGGAAAGUGUGGAAUGUGUUGUUCCCAUCAUUUGGAUAA